AUGGCCGGAGUUACAAUGCGACCUCUAUCGCGGUCUGUUCUAGCUACUCCAGUUAGCAGAAUGCGCCCAACACAUUUCACCCGACCCCAAUGUCUAAACACCAUUCUCGACCUCCGGUGCUCCUCCAUUUCCUCCACGCCCGCGCUUCCAUACUCUCAGACCCGAUACAGCUCCUACUCCUCACCAGACCCCGCCCCGAAGACACCGAAGCGCAAGAAGGUCACUCUACAGACAUUACGGAACCUCUAUAAGAAGGGAGAGCCCAUCUCCAUGAUCACAGCCUAUGACUAUCCCAGUGCGCAUGUGGCUGACACCGCUGGUGUUGAUACUGUUUUGGUCGGUGAUAGUUUGGGGAUGGUUGUGCUAGGAUUGGAUAACACUGUCGAGGUUAAUAUGGAGGACAUGAUUAUGCAUAGUCGGAGUGUGGUCCGUGGCGCGAAAAGCGCUUUCAUUAUCACAGAUUUACCGAUGGGUUCAUACGAGGUUUCACCAGAGCAAGCGGUUAAGUCUUGCAUCAGACUCGUGAAAGAGGGUCGAGUACACGCAGUCAAGAUAGAAGGUGGCGCAGAACUAGCACCGACAAUCAAACAGAUCACUCAGGCCGGAAUCCCAGUCUGCGGCCACAUAGGCCUAACGCCCCAGCGACAAAACGCCCUCGGCGGAUUCUGCGUCCAAGGCAAGACAUGCAAAAAUGCACUGAAGUUACUAGAUGAUGCGCUUGCGAUGCAAGAGGCCGGCGUGUUCAUGUUCGUGCUCGAGGCUAUGCCGGCCGAAGUCGCAACGCUCAUCACGCAGAAACUGAGCGUUCCUACCAUUGGGAUUGGGGCUGGGAAUGGUUGCUCGGGCCAAGUGCUGGUCCAGGUUGAUAUGACCGGCAAUUUCGAACCGGGGCGCUUUGUGCCUAAGUUCGUUAAGAAGUAUGCUGAUGUUUGGGGUGAAGCUCUUCGUGGCAUUCAGCAGUAUCAUGCUGAGGUGAAAAGUCGGGCUUUUCCUGAAGUCGAACAUACUUAUCCUAUUUCGAAGGAGGAGCUGGCUAAGUUUGAGCAGGCGGUGGAUGAAAUGUAUAAAAAGUCAUGA